UUGAUUUAAGAAUGAUAGAUAAGAAUAGAUAUACCACUCUCACAGAAGAAGCUCAGCUUAAUCAAUAAAUGUGUCCCGCAGGACUUCCAAAUAUCAUAUUUCUCUCCAAGGCCUCCUACUACUCGAAAUGAAGUUCAAUUACGUUCACAGAAUCCUCUUAUUGAUUGCAGGUUCAGUGAGCAUCGCCAACGCGGGAUGCGAAUGCUGGUGGGAAGGCACAGCCCCAUUCUGCGACUCAACCUGUCCGUCUAACUCUCGAGCAACUGGUAUCUUCAGCAAUUCUGGCGAUGGUGGCUACUGUAUCACAGGGAGAAAGCAGAGAUGCGUACGAUGCGGUCCUCAUAUCGCCGAAAAGCCGUGCUGCAUCCCUACCCACACCUGCGCACAGUGUACGUUUGGCUUAAUGAUUUGCCACGAGGUGGUCACCGAUAUUCCACCAGUGGAGUGCGGAACGCAUAUCUGUGGGUUGUGUACGGGUAUUGGUUCGACGCCGAACCUCUGCGCCCCGGGAGUCAAAUAUGAAGAGUGGACGCCGCCACGGCCUGGCGAUGCUAUUCCUACACCAUGGAAUCCGUUUAACAUGCUUCGCACAAACGAACAUGAUGAGCUGUGAUACGCUCCUUAUCCCUAAAAAAUGGCCAAGCACCAACUCCUUAGCCUCACGUUCUUUAAUAUUCGCAUUUCUCCACGAGGAUACUACAAGGCAACAAAGGAAAUGUUUAGAUUACUCCAGGUUCUAGAGAACACCCAAUGUAAGGCGACUUGAGCGAAGGCGAUAAUAUCUUAAUGUGGGCGAAGAGAAGGGGACAGUAUACAGCCCUGGAUAUUAUGUUGUCUUGCUAAGCAUAACCACACCGGCUCGAAAUCUGGCA